AACACGUCGGUGGCGAAAAGACUAGGCACGUCCGUUCAUUGGCUGAUCCCUUGUCAUUCUGUUCGAUAACUGGCCGUGCAAUCUGGGUUCACAGGUCAACCACUAUAGAUCGGCCGAUAUAUUUUCCCUCUGCACGGAAUAGUUGUCACUCUCGCGUAAACGUUUCGCGCUCGAAAGGGACCCCACGAGCUCGGCGUGCCGCGUAUUUUCGUUCUGUGCGACAAUCGGUUUUUCUCUCCGGAGUAACGAUCUAAUGGUAGCGCUAUCCACGUGGUGUUUCAAGGCUGCGGCCUUCAGGGCCGUGAUACUGGGCGCCCCGGCAUCCGGCAAGGGCACCAUGUCCUCCCGAAUUAUUAAACAUUUUAAAGUGACUCACAUUUCUAGCGGCGACAAGUUGCGGCUCCACAUGAGCAGCGGCACCGAAUUGGGUAAGAAGGUGGCAAGCUAUGUGCUCUCUGGAAAAUAUGUGCCCGACGAAGUGAUGAUCUCGAUGAUAAACAAGGAAAUCGAGACGGUGGGCGAGAAAAACUGGCUGUUGGACGGAUUCCCGAGAACGUUGCAGCAGGCGGAAAAGCUGCAGAAGUCUCAUCCUGUGAACCUUGUUAUCUACCUCGACGUGCCGGUGUCGGUGAUUUUGAAACGCGUGGAGAACAGGUGGGUUCACCUGCCCAGCGGCAGAGUCUACAAUAUUGGAUUCAACAGUCCCAAAGUGCCGGGCAAAGACGACGUGACUGGAGAACCGCUGUGCAAAAGGGACGACGACAAAGUGGAGAUUGUACAGAAAAGACUAGACAAUUAUGCGAAAGAGAACAAUCCAGUUUUAGCUUUCUACGAGAGUGUCGGGAUUCUGAAAACUUUCCGCGGUAGCACUACCGACGAACUAUGGCCGAAUGUCAAGGACACUAUCACGAAAUUUUUAUCGUAGCUAUUAAGUGUUGACGCGUAUCGUUUUAUAAAGCAACGAAUUAGUGGAAUAUUCGAAUUUAUAGCGAUACCAAAUGCUUCCAAUAAGAUGUAAUUAUUAGAGCUGUUAAUUGUCUAGGUACUCGAGUAUACGGACUUGAGGUCUCGGUACUCGAGUAUCUCAGAUCUAAACCGAGUGAGUAUCCGAGCAAAAAAUAGUUCUAGCAACACAGUAGUACUUGCACAAAUGACAAAGAAAAAUGACUGUACGUAAAAUGAGAGAAAUUUAUAAAAUAUUUUUCUGUAAUUCUUUUUUUUUUAUAUAUAUAUAUAUAUGUGUGUGUGUAUAUAUAACGAUUACGAUAUGAUUUGAACAUUCGUUAUCAACCUAGUACAAAAUUUUCCAGCUCGUAUACAAUUCUCACUUGCCUUGCGAACGUUGUACUUGAUACUGUAUCUUAACAUUUUAGAUUCAGACGCACAUCUUAUGAUAAGUAUUAUCAUAUCAGAUUUGGUAUUCGAAGAAAGAACGAAUAUUCGAACAAUGAUUUAAAACGAUAUUGCCAAUUGUAAAUACAUUGAUUUCUACGUAAGUUGAUCAUUGGUUCGAUUUAUGUUUUUUUUUUUUUUAAACCAAAUCAAUCAUUUUACACGAAUAUUGUAUUAACAUAAUACAAACGGGGGAUAAAAAAUUGUUAACUCUUGUUUUCUGUCAUCGCAGAGCGAAAUAAAGUGUGCCUGUGAUGGCAAAGAGGUAAUUAAACGUCGAAAGAUUUAUUCUUAU